GAUACGUACGCUGUGGUAUUAGGCUCACAUUUUUUGCUAAUUUUUGUUGGUAAAACUUGGUGUUUUCAUUCAUAAAACAAUUCAACGAAGUCGUUAUUCAUAUCAAGAUAGAUAGUAUGUGCAUAAAUUUUACGAAGAAUUGUCCAUUUCUAUAAAUAACUUACAAUAUAGAAUCUAGCUUUGCAUAGUGAUAUGUUGUGAUGGUUUUCUUCUUUUCAUUAUUAUAAAGCUAAACUCAAUUACCAAGAUGACAUCGUCUGCGGUUCCAAAGGUUUCACUUGUGCCUUCCAUACAGGAAUUCAGUAUCAGAGUACCAAAAAAUAACAAGAAAAAGCACAAUGUGAUGCGCUUUAAUGCCACAUUAAAUGUUGAUUUUUCAAAAUGGACUCAAGUGAAAAUGGAACGUGAAAAUAAUAUGAAGGAAUACAAAGGAAUAGAAGAGGAAAUACCAAAAUUUGGAGCUGGCUCUGAAUUUGGACGAGAUGCAAGAGAAGAAGCAAGAAGAAAAAAAUUUGGCAUUACAAGUAGAAAAUAUAAACCAGAAGAUCAACCUUGGAUUUUAAAAUCUGGAGGAAAAACUGGGAAAAAGUUUAAAGGCAUAAGGGAAGGUGGUGUGAGCGAAAAUGCUGCAUAUUAUGUUUUUACACAUGCUGCUGAUGGAGCUAUAGAAGCAUUUCCAUUGCAUGAAUGGUAUAAUUUUCAACCAAUUCAAAGGUACAAAGCAUUGAGUGCAGAAGAAGCAGAACAGGAGUUUAGUCGUAGAAAUAAAGUAAUGAAUUAUUUUUCACUGAUGUUGCGUAAAAGACUUAGGAAUGAUGAGGAGGGUGCAGAUGAUGAGGAAAUGUUAGAAGGUGGAAAAGGGAAAAAGCCAAGUAAAAAGGAGAAAGAUUUAAAAAUAUCUGAGAUGGAUGAGUGGAUGAAUAGUGAUGAUGAUGAUUCAGCUAGUGAUGACGAAGAAAAUAAAAAAAAUUCUGAUGAAGAAGAUGACAGUAAGAAAAAAAAGAAAGGCAAAGUUGCUGUUAAGAAAAAGAAGAAGAAAAACGCUUCCGAUGAUGAAGCAUUUGAAGAAAGUGACGAUGGGGAUGAAGAAGGUAGAGAAUGUGAUUACAUUUCUGAUUCGUCCGAUUCUGAAUCAGAAUUGGAACAACAAAAAGAAAUUAAGUCAGUUGCGGAAGAAGAUGCAUUGAGAAAAUUACUUGCUUCUGAUGAAGAUGACGAUGACGAAGAACAGGCAGAUAAAAAGGACGGUGAAGAAGAAAAAGACGAAGACGACGAACAUAAGGAUAAAGAUGAUAAGGAUAAAGAUAAGACGAAUAAAGACGCAGAUAAGAAAAAAGAUAAAAAGAAAAAGAAGAAACAAUCUAAGAAAAAGGAUGUGAAGAAGCUUGCGUCAGGGAAAGAUUCUUCUAGUGACUUUUCCAGUGAUUCAGAUUCAGGAUCUGAUACAAUAAAGGAAAAAGACAAUAAAAAAUCUAAUAGUGCUCAUAGUUCAAGGUCUGCAACUCCUAUACCAGCUGCGAUGUUAGAUAAUUUAAAAAGAAAACAAUCUGGAUCUCCAGAUUUAUCACAAGCAAAAAAAUUGAAAUUGGAUAAUUUCAAUUUAGUACCAGUAACUUCUUACAUUCCUGGAGUCAGUGAAUCCGGCAUCACAGAAGAUGCAGUAAGGCGUUAUCUUAUGCGUAAGCCAAUGACAACAACGGAACUUCUACAAAAGUUUAAAUCGAAGAAAACUGGUCUUACUUCGGAGCAAUUAGUUAAUGUGAUGACCCAAAUACUGAAAAAGAUAAAUCCAACUAAGCAGACAAUAAAAAACAAAAUGUAUUUAUCUAUUAAAACGCAAUCUAAUUGAUAUUUAUGUAAUGUGUGAAGAUAGUAUUUCAUAUAAUAAUAAAGUAAAUCGAAUAUAAAA